AUGAAUGGACAAGAGAAGGAGAGAAUCGUAGGAGAUAAGACGAUUAAAAAAUUGGAUGUAUCAGUGGUGAACAAAAUAGCGGCUGGGGAAAUAAUUAUACAGCCGUGUAAUGCCCUAAAAGAAUUGAUAGAGAACUCAAUCGAUGCCAACUCUACUAUGAUCGAUAUUCUAGUCAAAGAAGGGGGAACUAAAUUACUACAAAUUUCUGAUAAUGGACUGGGAAUCAAAAGGUCUGAUAUGGAAAUGCUUUGUGAGAGAUUUGCAACGUCUAAACUACUGAAGUUUGAAGACUUAGAAAGCAUAUCUACGUAUGGAUUCAGAGGUGAAGCUUUGGCUAGUAUAUCACACAUUUCUAGAUUGUCUGUGAUAACCAAGACGAAAGAUUCUCCUUUGGCCUACAAGGCGUUUUAUACAAAUGGUAAGCUCUGUGGACCAAAUUUUAAACCUGCAACAACGAAUACUGAGCCAAAGCCCGUGGCUGGAACGAAUGGAUCUCUGAUCAUAGUAGAAGACAUGUUUUAUAAUGUACCUUCAAGAAUCAGAGCUUUAAAAUCAAAAAAUGAGGAAUUUGUCAAAAUAUUAGACGUUGUGACUAGAUAUGCAAUUCAUAGCAAAGGGGUCGGAUUUAACUGCAAGAAGUUUGCUGACAGCAGCCAAUCUAUAUCAAUAAGACCACAGCUAACACUUAAAGAAAGAAUACGAACUGUUUUUGGAAUAUCUGUUGCAAAUGAAUUGAUUGAAUUUAAUAUAGACGGUAAUAAUAAUCUAGAUUCAGACACUGAAACUCUUUUUAAUAAGUUUGGGCUAAAAAAUGUCACUGGAGCAAUAACAAAUACCAAUUAUAAUAACAAAAAAAAAAUCCAACCGAUAUUUUUCAUCAAUCAUAGACUCGUUUCAUGCGAUCCCCUAAAGAAGACGCUACUUGCAAUGUAUAAUUUUUUUAUUCCGAAAGGAAACCAACCUUUCAUAUACUUAAGUUUAGAAAUUACACCUGAGAAUGUGGAUGUGAAUAUCCACCCAACUAAACAAGAGGUAAGGUUUUUACACGAGGAAGAAAUAAUUGAUGUUAUCAGAGAACAAGUUUAUGAUCUUCUUUCAAAUGUAGAUACAUCCAGGAAGUUUACGACACAGUCUGUUUUUCUAAAUAAGUCUAGCGAUCGAAUGAAUAACUCACGGGAUGAUCCGAAAUUAAAGACUUAUCGUCAAGAGAAUAAAUUUGUGAGAAUUGAUUCCAACCAAUCGAAAAUUAGUCCAUAUCUUACAAUAGAGACUAAUGUUCAGUCUGACGCAAGAAACUCUAACGAUACGAAGAAAAAUGCUGGUGGACACAUUCCUAAUAUGCGGGCCAGCUUAAAUAUAACAGAGAAAAAGAGAAAUGAUAUGAGUCUUGAUAGUAUUUUGUCUUUGAAGGAAGAAUUAACCGAGAAAGUAGAUUCUUCUUUAACCAAUAUUUUCACUAAUGCUUCCUAUAUUGGGAUAGUCGAUGAACAUAGGAGAUUAUGUUGUUUCCAGUAUGACGUUAAGCUAUUCAUUUGCAGCUAUGCUGCCAUUCUAUCCGAGUUUUAUUAUCAGGUUGCUCUAACUGAGUUCUGCAACUAUGGAGAGAUUCUAGCAACACAGGAUAUCAUACUUGAAGAUAUUCUUGAACCAUUAUAUUCUGUUCGGACGGAUCUUGUUUCGAAAGACGAAGUAAUAUCUAAUAUAUAUUCUAUGAAGGAUAUGUUUGAAGAAUAUUUUCAAAUGAAGUUUGAUAUUUUAUCAGAUGGUAAACAUAAGCUUUCAUCAUUGCCUAUGCUUUUCAAAGAUAUCGUUCCUUCAUUUUCUAAACUCCCUCAUUUUGUCUACAGAUUAGGUUCGCACAUAGACUAUGAUGAUGAGAAAGAAUGUUUACGUGGCAUAAUGAAGCAAAUUGCUUUAUGGCAUGUUCCAGAAACCAUUGGAUCAAACUCCCCACAAGGUGAGGAACUGGAUGCCAUUGACAACAAUAAAAGAAAUGAGCUAAAUCAAAUAUUGGAAAACAUUAUAUUUCCAAAUUUAAAAAGCAGGUUUGUUGCUACUUCAGACAUUAUGAAAGAUGUCAUUCAAAUUGCGGAUUUACCAGGUUUAUAUAGAGUUUUCGAGAGAUGUUAG